AUGACCUCUCCAUCCUUUGCUACCCCUCCCAAACCCACCACUCCACCAUCCCCCCUCCAUCUUUUCGCGUUCAUGCCUCACGACCUGAUGCCUAUGGCGAGUCAUUAUGUCGGAGUAUGCCUCACAGAUCGCGGGUGGCGCCCGGAGCGAGCAAGAGACUUAGUUACCUUCUCAUUGUCUUCCAAUCCCGUGUCUCAUUCGAUACGUUCGACAAGCCUGCUGAUUUCAUCGAAGAGAAUUCAUUUACCCUGAUAGCAAAGCACAAGGACUACGAAUACACUAAACGAUCGCGCACGUUUCUCUGUGGGUGCGAUGACAACGAAUACUCCGAAUAUGCCUUGCAGUGGCUCAUUGAUGAGCUUGUGGACGACGGCGAUGAAAUUGUUUGCUUGAGAGUUGUCGAGAAGGAUUCCACACUUGCAGCAGACCCAAGUGUUGAGAAGAGACGUUAUCGAUCCGAGGCCGAAACUUUGAUGAAGCAAAUCCAGAACAAGAACCAUGAGAAUAAGGCCAUCAACUUGAUCUUAGAGUUUGCCGUUGGAAAGGUUAAUAUCGUGAUUGACGAAAUGAUCAAUCUGUACGAGCCAGCCAUCCUUGUCGUUGGAACCAGAGGACGAAGUCUUGGCGGUUUUCAAGGCCUCCUUCCCGGAUCCGUUUCAAAAUACUGUCUGCAGCACUCUCCUGUUCCUGUCAUUGUUGUCCGUCCAUCUUCCAAGCGCGACAAGUCAAGGACCAAGCGUGCCCAGGACCCUGCUCGGCAUGCCUACAAGGACCUCCUAGAGAAGAGUGGUCCGCAGGGUGGCCACAUCCUGAAUUCUGGUCACCGCAACAGCAGCUUCAUCGCAGAAGAGGAAACCCAGCCUGCUUCUGAUGACGAAGCGGUAGCAGUAGCGGCAGCUAUUGGGCUCAGACAAAAUCUCGAUGCUAGCCCGCUAACCCAGGUUGAAACAACACCAGCAGAUGUUGAGCCCUUCUCUGCACGUGUUGCCGAUACAGGUUUCGUAUCCGCACUAGAGGAACUGCGAAGUCCUAGCGUUGUCAUGAAAAGCCCUGAAUUAGGCAACCUAGACAGUCCUGAUAUCAGCGACAUAAGCAGCAGCGAGGAGGAUGACCAAGGAGGAGUAUCAACCACACAAGCCAUAAAACCGAGUAUCGCAAUUGAGGGCACAGAGUCGACAAUGCCUGCAAUGGAAGUCGAGCCCGAGACAAAACCAGAAGAGCAAUGGAACCCAACUACGGAAUAGAAGUAACGCCCCCCUUCUUGUCUCACUUACCAGACGUUCUACACUUGCACAGCAGGGAAAAUUAAUGCUAUUAUUCUUCGUCAAAGAUGACAUGUUCGUGCUUCAUUUUUAAGGGUGGAGACGGCUUGGCAUCUGAAAAAGUCUGACCUUUCGCGACAAGAGUGUGGGGGCCCUACUGGCUGCGGGACCGGGCAGAUUCAAACCCGAGAGAUGGCGAUAGAUAGCAUUAUCAGAGUUCGCUCAGACCGGCAGACGAGCGACUAAAUUCACGAUAUCAUGGUCCAUUGCUAAUAUUGCUAUUUCUGUCCUGUGUUUUGCCCCACAAUAAACCAAUCCUUCCUGGCACUGGUCAAAGCUCUCUGAUCUGACAUGACGUCCAAAAGUGGCGGGGGUUGGAGGCUUGGCGACGUGUUGCGAAACGCUUUCCGCGU